AUGCCAGCACCAAAUUCCAUCAGCGUAGCUGUAAUAUGUUCCAGUAACAUGAACAGGAGCAUGGAGGCACAUGCUUUUCUGAGCAAAAAGGGAUUUAAUGUGAAAUCAUUUGGAACUGGAGACAAGGUCAAAUUACCUGGUACUGCACCAGACCGCCCUAAUAUCUACGACUUUGGAACUUCAUACGAUGAGAUCUACAAUGAUUUAUUGAUGAAAGACAAGCAAUAUUAUACACAGAAUGGUUUACUACAUAUGUUGGAUCGGAACCGUCGAAUAAAACCUAGACCGGAACGGUUUCAAAUGUCCAAGGAUAAAUUUGAUAUUCUAAUUACAUGCGAGGAACGUGUGUAUGAUCAAGUAAUCGAAUGCAUGGAAUCUAGAACUAAAGAAGAUAAUCAACCUGUACAUUUGAUCAAUAUUGACAUUCAGGAUAAUCACGAAGAGGCCACAGUAGGCUCGUUUCUUAUAUGCGAGCUAGUAACAGUGUUGGCAAAUAGCGAAGACUUAGACAAUGAUAUAGAUGAACUACUCCAUGAAUUUGAGGCCAAGUUUGCAAGAACAAUAUUGCACACUGUGUUAUUUUACUGAAAAAUCCGUCAUCGAGACAAGAAUUAUCAGGAAUCUGGUGUUCAUCGAACUUGGAAUUUAUUUAUAACAGAAAUUAAAUUAUAUAUAAUUUACUGCGCGUAUAUAUGUAUAUUCAGCCACCAAAUCAGGUGGACUAAAUUUUAACUCGAACGGAGAAAUCCGCUUGUGCUUCCUAUUUAACGGUUAUUCUCAUGGAAUCUAAACUAACAUGGUAUACUAUUGAAGUUAAUAUUCUAGUUGAUAAAGUCGAUUCACAUCACAUCAGGAUUAAACGAAAUCUGUAGAAUAGUAUCAAUCUUCAAGCAUGAAACGAAAAAGGGAUAAAGAAUAAAUGCAGAAAGUAUAAAAUAUAAAACAUUAUAAUAUUUAAGUAUAUACAUACAUGUACAUGUAUUGUGCACGAUUACAUCUGAAUAUAAAU